AUGGAGGUCGAAGUGCGGCCGCUGCCCCCCGACAAGCCAGCGUCGAGGGAGCUGAGCAGCACCACUGACUUUGUGGCCGGCUGGCUCGGUGGUGCCCUCGGCAUCCUCAUCUGCAAUCCACUCGAGGUCUACAAGAUCAGACUGCAGACCUCAGUCCCUUCGUCGUCCCGCGUUGGCUCAGGCAGGCUACCGGCUUCGCUGCCUCACCAACAGAGCUUGACCUCGUCAGGCGAGAUAUCCUCACGGGUCUUGUUGAGUCAGAGCACGCCAAUCGCUUCCGGUACCAGUGCGACGUUGACCGCAGCCCGAGCGUCCGUGAGACCGACACUGCGCGCACUGUGGGAGCAGGAAGGCUGGCGCUUCCUCACCGCCGGAGCUGCAGCGCCCAUCCUCGGACUCGCAUUCAUAGACUCUGCAUUUUUCGGCAUAUACGGCCGUGCGAUGUCCCAAUUGUCCCAAGAUAGACAGGAUCCCGCAAUGCUCAGUCGCGUCUUUGUCGCAGGCGCGACGGCAGGGGCAUGUUGCGCCCUCUUGCAAACGCCCGUCGAAGUCGUCAAAUGUGCAGCGCAAGCCGAGCCAAAGCCACCACCGGGGCGAACGGCACUCGGCACAUUCGGCAUUGCCAGGAUGAUCUUUGCGCGCGACGGACUGCGCGGCUUCUACGUGGGCGGCCUCGUGACAGGCGUCAGAGAUUCCAUCUCAUCCGGCAUCUUCUUCUGGGCAUACUUUGCCAUCCGGCGCACACUCAGAGGCGACAAGGCAUUCGAGCCUUCGCCGACGUCGUCGGCGCAGGACUCGCCCGCCAGUCCGACCUCUCCAGCCGAGCUAGGCAGGAUACUACUAUCGGGCGCCAUAGCGGGCACACUUGCUGCCGUCGUUCCCUAUCCCCUGGAUAUCGUCAAAACGAGGCUACAGGUCGCGGGAGCACAGCCACACGCUCCAAAUCAGGCCCCGAAGCUCUCGAUAAGGCAAGUUGCCAAUCAGAUCUACCGCGAAUCGCAGCAAGCCAGGUCGUCUGGCUACACUCACAACCGGACCUCAUGGAUGUUCAGACUAGCCAAUCUACGCUAUCCCACCAACGAACUCAAUAGACAGCAGCUCUAUGCGCGCAUCACGGGUCUCAAGGGUCUCGCGCGAGGUCUCAAGCCGACGAUGGUCAGCUCCGCCGCGGGGAGCGCGGUUACGAUUGGCGUCUUCGAGGUCGCUUGUUACAUGUUGUCUCAGCAGAAUGUUGCUGUAUAA